UUUCAGUUUCAGUUUCAGUGCCAUGCUAUGUGUGUGUUAGUGUUUACACAAUUAGGGGUUGUUUAUUAAAUCAUAAUCUAUUACAUAGCUUACCUAUUGGGUUAUUGAAAUGGCAAAGAGUAAAGAAUUCAGCCUAGAUGACAUUGACCUAAACGACCCAUUGUCAACUUUGACCAAAUCUACAUCUAGAGUUGAAGAGGUUAUGAAGAAAAGUGUUAUUCAACCGGGAUUUGAACAACAACAGCAUAUAGCCAACUCCAACAUAAGUUUAAGAAAACAGAGACUGGAGCGUAAGAUGGAGCGAGAAAGAACACGAGGUCCUCAGUGGUUUAAUCUCGCUGCCACAUCAAUAACUCCUGAAGUGGAGAAUAAUUUGAAAGUGGUACAAAUGAGAUCAAUCUUGGAUUCCAAGCACUUCUACAAGAAAAAUGAUUUGAAAGUGCUUCCCAAGUAUUUUGAGAUCGGAAAAGUACUGGACUCUCCCGCAGACUUUUAUCAUAACCGAGUUCCAAAGAAAGAGCGCAAGAGAACCAUCGUAGAAGAGUUGUUAGCUGACGCAGAGUUUCAGAAGAAAAGUAAGAAGAAGUACAGAGAAAUUGUGGCUCAGAGGAACAAAACUCAUUACAAGGCUCAUAAAAUUGCCAAGAGAUUAAAGAAGAAUAAGAAAAAGUAGUAUGUAUUUAAAAAUAAUUGGUAAAUAAAGUUUUUUUUACUUGAA